AUGCAACACCGAACACCCGGUCUCGAUCGCGCCCUUAUGGCAAUGACUGGAACAAAAUCUUGAAUAUCACCAUCUAAAUAUAUAAGUAUUUUGAAUUAUUAUAUUACAAGGACUUACUUUUCACAAAGGAAAAUAUAAUGUCAUGUGCUUCCUGGUCCACAGCCCUCUUCUAUAUCCAUGUGUUUUUACAAAUAAAGUGGUCGUGUUUAAAGAACUGAUCGGAGUAACGCUAAGCCUGACCGCGGGCACGAUCGUUGGUGGUUUUGGCGGGUCAAUGCUCAGCGGCGCAAUGCUCAGCAAACAGACAACGCGUCCUAUGCUUCUCCUUUCAUAUAUCUGGCUUCGCUUUUGCAAGCGCGUAGGAGUGACCCAACGUUUCAGCAGGAUGCAGUCGGCAAGGGAGCGAAGCUGAAGGAGCUUUACCAAGUUGGUUACGCUCAGGUGCUUGCAGCAAAGCAGGACAGAGGCCGUGGGGAAGUAGUUCUAAGAUACUGUAGUUGAAAAUUUUUGACUUUCCUUUUGUGGUUAGACAGCAAGUCAUUCACAAAGGGGAGUGGAUAUUUAUUCAUAAGACGGCUUUGAUUUUGUGAGACAUCGACUGGCUUCCUGAAGUGGGACCUUCUGCGUUGGUAGGAAAAAGAUGGUGGAUGAAAAGAUGAUCGAUAUACAUGCAAAUCUCUAAAAGUACAGCUUGGAGAGCGGCGAAGAGCGCGACGGAAUCGAGAAGACAUGGACAUGCGGGAAGGGAAGGCAGCAGCGGAAGCCCGAAGGGAAGCGCCCCCCCUGUCUCCGUCUCGGCAGCGACGUGGCGGGGGGGGCCGCAACUCGCUGACAAGACAGACAGCGAGGCGCGGCAGCUGUCAUUCGCGUGGGCGUUCGCAUGGACGUGGCAGAGCCGAGGGGAGCACGCGGGGGGCGUCUCGUUAUGGUCAAAAUCUGUAGCGUAGUGAGGCUGCGUAGAGGCAUUGUGUGUGCUUUGUCGUUUUCCUAGUGAAACAUGGGGUGAGGGGCGUCCCAUCCCAGGGCAUUCUUGGACACGGCUUUGCUUCUAAUGUGAGAGACGCAGUGGCGAUCGACGGGCGCGUAGGUCGCGUUCACGCGGGAGGAGUCGAGAGCGCCUGCGGUCAACUUCACGCGAAGAAGAAGUUGGACCAAAAAAAGCUCCUGGACUUUUUGCCAAGGUAAAACGUGUGAUUCCUGGUAUAGACUUCUCGACUUCAGCAGUCGCAUCAUCUUCUAGUUCCAUGCGUCCUAAGUCUCUGCCGCGGAGACAGAGAGGAAGAAACUAUGGCGACCUCACUGGUGCUGGUGUUGGUAGUUCAAGAUCAUCUCCACCGUCUCCGGGACAUGCUCGUCCGUCCGGUAGUCUAAGUCUUGCACGUCCUCAGACACAGCAUAGUAGUCCAAGUUCUCCACGUCUUUUUUUCGAUUCUGGGCCAGCUCCGAAGGGGCUCGGCAUCACAUCGUUAGCAGAAGCGCCUAGCCCCUUUAAACCGCCUCCGAAGGGACUCGACAUUGCAUCCUUGUCGCUGCCCACUGCUUCUGCUGCUGUAAGAACUGUAAGAACGCAACCGGCCAGCUCCAGUUCGUCUUCUGCAGUACAACCGGGGAACAGCUUCAGUUCGUCUUCUACAGUACAAGCGGAGAACAGCUUCAGUUCAUGUUCUACACUACAAACGGGGAACAGCUUCAGUUCGUCUUCUACAGUACAUGCGGGGAACAUCGACCGACCUCCUCCUACUCCUCCUCCUGCAUGGGCUUUUCUACAUCCUGGCGAUUCUCUCACUGUGAUGGACUUGAGCAGCGGAGUGCCUAGUAUAAUCUUCACGGGAACGCUUGUUCUGUCACAUGUCGCUAGUGGCCAUGCAGUCGUCGGUUGCUACACCUCCAAGGUAAGCACUGCAAACAGCGAAAUCGUACAGAAACCGGCUAGUAAAACAGCUGUAGACAAUCGCUCCGCUGCGGCUGUGGCUUGGUCCACUAGUUUCAAGAAGAAGAAGCGCAUUGCGAUGUUACGAUCAAAAAUUCUCUUAGUAGUCCUGGAGUAUGUUUUUGACCGAUGAAAGACUGAACCAAGAGUAAUCGCGACUUCUGAAGAAACUAUUGAUUCGAAGAACUGUUCUUCAGGGGGACCAUUUUUUAAUCAUAGCUAGGUGCUUGUAAUUGUUACUACUCGAGAAGUGAUGCAGCGAUAAAGCACUAAUUUCCAGCGACGGCGAGGAGGGAUUUGUCAUCUUCUUUUCGAUACCAUUCGAUCGCUUCAUUCCUUGCCGUAUACCCUCAGACACGGAUCCGGUGAAGUCCGGAUGUCUGUCCAAGUUAUGGCUUUUUACUGGUAGAAUAUUUAACAUCUAGAACAUCUUUCUAAGUACUUAGCUGGAUAGUACUAGCAGAUUUCCUACUCCGCAUGAAGAACCCUGAUGCAAUCAGGUAAUCAGUUAAGGAGAUGAUUUUUUUUUGAAAUGUCAAAUCAGAACCACAGUGAAGUCGCUGCUUACAAAAACAACAAAAGAGGCGUGCAGUAUCACUCUAAUCUUAGCCAUGUUCGAUAAAGUGGUCAUCGAUAAGACAGCCAAGAUGAUCGAGAGUCUUUGCAGGGAUGAACCGUUUCCAGCGAAGAGAAGACGAGUUACGGCUUCUGAAACGAAGUCCAGUAUUUCUCCUGUUUCGGAGACGAAAUAGGACUCUGAUGAUCUUUCUUACAGUUGAAGAAUUUUUUGCUCAUCGUGGGCAAGCUAAACCCAUAUUUAUUACAAUACAGGACAUGUGCGGAGAGCAAAAUUAAAGAUCAGACAACAGCCGUUUCUCCCACUCACAAGAUCGACCUGAAGCAAGACAACUGGAGGAGGCAAAUAGUGCGCAGCAAAAUAGUGGAGCUUGCCGGCAAACGAGAGAAAGCGAAGGCACAUCUGGAGAAUUACAGAAAAAGAAACAAGAACCAGCAUUAUCAGCAAUCAAUUAGUUCUCGUGCUGCUGAAAACAACUUCAACACCCUCCUAGUGGAAGAUAAAGCAAAAACUUAUCUAACCCGACAAAGUAGUACUAAACAAGAACAGCAGAAGCCCCCAUCUCUCACCUCUGUACAUAAUGACAAGCAGUCAAAUAAGGUCGACAAGGACAAGGAAGUUAAGAGCAGUGAACAAUUCAGGAUCCCUACGAAUGUGGAAAAUCCCCCCCCUCACCGGGCACGGUAGAGGUGAAAGUCAAGCAGCAAAGAAUCUCCACGACACCGCCAUCGCGAACGAUAUACGGUGGGCCACGCUACUAGUGGACAAGGAGAUCGAUAAUUUGUUCCUGUUGACUUGUGGAAUGAUGAGGAACAGCAAAACAAUGAAGUCAUUCACAGGGAGGACGCAGGGGUGAACGAAGAAGGGGAUUGCCAGCCACAAUUGAGUGCGCCAUCAUCUAGACUACACGUACAUCGUAAACGAUCAGGAAACGAUCUUUACCAUGUGCAGAUGGAGGAAUCAGAUUCAUUGAUCUGUGGCUGCAGGUGCGGUAAGUGUAAUCAAUGAAUAGCAACUACUUUCUGUGCUUGAAGAAUGCCAUGCUCACUUUGCAAGAAAGAAUUGAAAGGCACUCGAGCUUGUCCAAUGAAUCCGUUGGAGUCAAUGUUGGAUGCCCUAGUUUUGUAUCGUGAGAAGUAGUGACCUUAUUAUGAAUCAAGGACUUUUUAGUUGAGAAACAGGCUUUUCUGGUAGAAGACGUGAAGAACGACCCGUUUGUCUUUUUUUGUAAGAUCAUUACCGCCGUUUCCAAUCACAAAUUGAAGAACAUGUGAACGACCACGAAUGUGGCAUCUACGUUGUUGUAAGAUGGGUUUGAAUUGAAAUGCUCUGAGUAAGAAAAUCUGUAGCAGUCUGCUCCUUUGUUCCCCGGUCGAAUCAAGUAGACCAAGACAGAAAUAAAACGCAGUAAGAUCAAUCUGAACCCUCUGGAUUUUGUGCAUGAUAAAAACCAAAAACCUAACACAUGCGCAAACAUGUGAUAUCAAACUUUAAAUUCCCCUACAAACUGAUGCCAAUAUAAUUGUGUAUGCUCCUUAUCCAUACAGGAUACUGCUAAGGAGCCUCAAUGGCUUUUUUAUUGGUAUUCUUUUCGUUGAUAGUCAACAAAUUCAAAAAUGACGGAUUAAUACUCUUCAACUUUUCCCUGUGUUCUCUUUCUUAAAUACGG